AUGCGAAGAAUUAAUAUAGUUUUUUUUAUAUGUAAGCUUUCAUUCAGUAAAAUAAUAAACCAUUGCAAAUAUUUUGUAAGUUUUAGUAGUCAGAGCUGUUUGCUGUUACAGAAUCUCAUAUUACUUAUGGUUUGGCUGCUUUCUUUGUGUUUGUUUACAGAAACCUCCAUGAACAACCUGAAUGACCCCCCCAGAUGGAACAUUCAACCAGAUCCCAGAGGAAGAGAGGGGGCUGCUGGUGAUGGAAACCAGUGGAACUAUGCCCUGCUGGUCCCCAUGCUGGGACUGGCUGCUUUUCGUAAGUUAAAAGGGCCUGUGGUCCUUAUGGGUUUCUACAUAUUUCAAUAUCCAAGAGAAGCAAACCAGUCUGGGUUAUGUGGGGAAAUACUGGGCACAAAUGGCAGCAAACACAUAUCUUCCUGUUUCUUGUGUUUCAUCAUGUCAGGUUGGAUCUGGACUCGUGAAUCUUUGAGGGAGAUUGAGAAGGUUAAAGCUCAGUAUGACAGAGAUGUGUGUACGAUACAAAGUGACAUGGAUGCGCGUUACCGGGACACACUUACAGAGAGCCGCAGAGCAGCGGCUACACUGGAGCUGGAACUGGAGAAGGAGAGGCAGAGGGCGAAAGGUUACCAGCAGGCUCUGGUCUCACACUCCCAGCAUCUUAUACAGGAACGCAAACAGAUGGAGCAGGAGCGAGAGGCCUUGAAUGACCAGAAGCAUAAGUUUGUAAAGUGUGGAGCUGCAGGUACUGUUCUGCACGACGCCCUGGAAAAAGAAAACAGCUGGUACCUUCGUGCUGCAGCCGCCCUGAAGGAGCUAGAAGGCCUGCUGGUGGAGCGGCAGAACGCCUACUGCUCUGUAAUCCAUCCUCGGGAGAACCGGCUGGAGAUGGAGAGAAACAUCCUCCUUAAGGUUGUCAAGGAUCCUGUCGUGGCAGAUCUGGAUCUAGAGUCUGACCUCAAGGAUAUUUUUAAAAGAGACAAGCACUGUGCAGAUCUGCUGAACAUGGACAAGAGGAAGAACGGGAGCCUGAUGUGGGUUUACCUCAAGUACUGGCAGCUGCAGAUCACCAUGCAGAAACACAAACGAGCUGAAGAUGCUGUAACAGAAGGGAAGAUGCAGAGUCUCAAAAAGUGACACGAAACAGUUCUGGCCUGUUGUUGAACCUAGGGCUGGUCAUGAAAGCUGACUGUAUUUGGUCUGAUCUGAUAGGAAUGUUAUGCAAACAUCAGAGAGAGGAUUCAAAUCUUUUAUUGUUCCAUCAUGACCACAACCCUUAACUGUGCGAUGCGUUAAAAUGCACCAGAACCAGUUUUCCACAUAAAACACUUCGUCAUCUCAGAGGAAGGGUAUUUUUUCCCAGACAUAAAUUCACCGCUAACAUCAUUUAUAACACAGAUUAAAAUACUGCAUCUAGACACUCUUAACAACAUCUAUCAUUGAAAUUUAGUUUAAUUUCAUUUUGAAAUACUCAUUAAUAAACACAGGAGAUAUUUAUCCUGAUGGGUUCACCUCACCAGCCCUACUGCCGUUUUCUGCAUUAUUUGUUACAGAUUUACAAAACGUUCACAGCAGCCUGUGUCCUAGACAAGGUGUGGGAGGUGCUUCACACAUCAGCAUGUGAAGAAAGUAUCCCAUAAGCAAGUAAAUGGAACAAAACACCAGGCAAGCUCAUGUAAAGAGAACAAACUGAGGUUUGUAGCAGUUUUAUUUGUUGACUAGGCCGCUCCAGUUUGUCUCUGAAACAGAAAAACUGGAAUUAAAUUAUGUUAAUCCAGAUUAGGGCUUGACGAUAAUUCAAUAGUUUAAUAUAUCUAUCAAUUGACACGUGGCGCGAUAGGAAAAAAAUGGGUCGAUAAAACUUUGAUUCCUUUUUUCAUUAUAACCUAUUAGGUAGCAGCAAACUAGACUCACUACUUACUCCUAACCAAUCAAAACUACAGACUCGAGCACGCUACAUCACCAGGCCCUCCCCUCUCGAGCCAAAACAGCAUGAGGCAGCAAGAUAUUGCAGCGAGAAGAGGCGGAGAAAAAAUAAAACGGGCAGGUCUGCACGUAAAAUAUAUUUAGUACAAUUUAAAAAAUAUUCUUCAAUAAUUAUUGAUAUUGAUCAAUGUAUAAUUUUUUUUAUUGAUAUACUUUUUUUCUAUAUUGUCCAGCCCUAAUCCAGAUUAAAUGAAAACUAGUGCAAUCUUUUAAAUCAUGUUCUAGUUUGGAAAUGGGCUCCCCCAGAAACCUCUAUGUAAUGCAUAGCCUGAUUAAAAGUCACAUUGAACUGUG